AUUAUGAUAGAUACAUAUGAAUUUGGCAGUUUACAUCUACUGGCCAAUUUCACCGACGCACUCCAACUAUAAAUACUCUUCUCUUCUUCACCAUCAUCAUCAACCAACACAAAGUCUUCAUACUUUGAAGAAGAAGAUGAAGGUCUCAUUUGCGGUUCUUCUCCUCCUUGCUCUUCUCUUCACAUCCGCCUACGCGAUUUCCCCCGCCCCCUCCCCAAGUAGAUUUGGGUGCGAUAAGAAGUGCGCGUUGAGGUGUUCGAAAUCUGGAUGGAAAGACAGGUGCCUCAAGUAUUGCGGAAUUUGUUGCGGCAAAUGCAACGGGUGCGUACCUUCGGGUCCCUACGCACCUAAGGCUCAAUGCCCUUGCUACCGUGAUAUGAAGAACCCCAAGGGCAGGGACAAGUGCCCUUAAAUUUAUAUAAUCUCACUAUAAUUCCCACUGUUAUAUUUUGUUUAUCAGUUUUAUAAUCUCGCUAUUUAGAAUAAAUGUCUUCGCGAAGAAUAUUGUAUUUUGUAGCAUUGUGAAAAUAAAUUAGUGUUAUGUUCAUUUGUAAUAAAUCUUGUUAGAACA